AACUGCGCCGGCGAGUUUCGUCUAUUUCGUUUUCGCAAAAAUCGGACAUAAUUCUACAAGCCGGUUUGAGUCCAAGCCGAAUUGUUGGUGACGGUAGUUCCAACAUACUGUGGCGGAUGUUUUCGUAAAUGUCCACACAGAUUUUUUACUCCCUCAGUAGACUAGUAUUCUCUAGACCCGCACCAGCACUCCUAACCCUCGGAUACACCGGAAAACCCGUUUUCAACGCUCGACUCGUUGGCAGUGUACGUGUGCAAGGUUUGUCCGCAUUUCAUCAUCCGAGUGGAAAAAAUCAGUUCGAGCAGAAACGACGAUACGGGACCAGCAACGCCGCGAGUCUAAGCGAACAACCGCGCAAACCGUUCAAUUGGGGAUCAAAUAAAAAGCACCGUGACGUGAAGUUACGCCUUCAAUUGCUAGAGAACAUGACCGAUCCAAAGAUUGAGGCGGAACUUGCCCCGCUGCGGGAAUCUGUUAAGGAACAGGGCGAUCUGGUGCGGAAGCUGAAAAGUGAGGGGGCACCGGAAAUUGAUGUGAAGAAAGCGGUCAAUGAACUGAAGGCACGUAAGAAGAUCCUGGAAGAUCGAGAGCUGAGUCUCGCACCGCAGGUUGCCAGCUUCGACCGGGCACGGAUGGAAGACCUUCUGAAGCGUCGUUUCUUCUACGAUCAAAGCUUUGCAAUCUACGGUGGCAUCACCGGCCAGUACGAUUUCGGGCCGAUGGGAUGCGCGCUCAAGUCGAACAUGAUCAACACCUGGCGGCAGUUUUUCGUGCUCGAGGAACAAAUGCUCGAGGUGGACUGCUCGAUCCUCACGCCCGAACCGGUUCUGAAGGCGUCCGGACACGUGGACCGCUUCGCCGAUCUCAUGACCAAGGACGUUAAGAAUGGCGAGUGCUUCCGGUUAGACCAUCUGAUCAAGAACCAUCUGGAGAAGCUGGCCGCGGCGAAGGACGCGACACCGGAGCUGAAGGACGAAUGUGCGGACAUCGUGAUCAAGCUAGACGGCAUGACAAAGGACGAGAUGGCCGCAAUCCUGCGCAAGUACGCCAUGAAGUCGCCAAUCACCGGAAACGAGCUGACGGAGCCGAUUGAGUUUAACCUGAUGUUUGGCACCCAAAUCGGACCGACCGGCUUGGUGAAAGGUUUCCUGCGCCCCGAAACGGCACAGGGAAUUUUCGUGAACUUCAAACGUCUUCUCGAAUUCAACCAGGGUCGACUGCCGUUUGCCGCCGCCCAGAUUGGCAACAGCUUCCGGAACGAAAUUUCCCCCCGUUCCGGGCUGAUUCGAGUGCGCGAGUUUACGAUGUGCGAAAUUGAGCACUUCUGUGACCCGCUUGCGAAGGAUCAUCCAAAGUUCGAGAACGUAGCGGACACAGUCAUGACUCUCUAUUCCGCCUGCAACCAGAUGGAUGGCAAGAGCGCCCAGCAGAUUCGCAUUGGCGAUGCCGUGGCCAGCGGACUGGUGGCGAACGAAACGCUCGGUUACUUUAUGGCUCGCAUCCAGAUGUUCCUGCAUCGCAUCGGCAUCCUGCCCGAGCGGCUACGUUUCCGUCAGCAUAUGGGCAACGAGAUGGCGCACUAUGCAUGUGACUGCUGGGACGCCGAAUGCCUCACCAGCUAUGGAUGGAUCGAAUGUGUUGGCUGUGCCGACCGUUCGGCGUACGAUCUGACGCAGCACACGAAGGCGACCGGUGUGCGACUGGUGGCGGAGAAGAAACUGCCUGCGCCGAAAACGAUUGAGGUGACGGAGGUUGUCCCGAACAAGGCCGCCAUCGGAAAGGCAUUUAAGAAGGAAGCGAAGGGUAUUUCGGAGGCGUUGGCGCGAUUGAGCCUGGAGGAGGUUUCCGACAUCGGGAAAAGUCUCGAAGCGAGCGGAGAGUACACGCUGACCGUGGGCGACGGUGGGCCCGAGGUUAAGCUUACGAAUGAUCUGAUCUCGGUGAAGACAACCUCGAAGACUGUGCACGUGGAGGAGAUAACACCGAGCGUGAUUGAGCCUUCAUUCGGCAUCGGUCGGAUCAUGUAUUCUCUGCUGGAGCACAGCUUCCGAAUGCGUGAAGGAGACGAGCAGCGUAGCUACUUCUCGUUGCCGCCGGUCGUAGCACCGCUCAAGUGUUCCGUGCUUCCGCUGAGCAACAAUGCCGAAUUUGCGCCGUUCGUGAAGAAAAUUUCAUCGGCCCUUACAUCGGUGGAUGUGUCACAUAAGGUGGACGACUCGAGUGGUUCCAUCGGACGGCGUUAUGCUCGCACGGAUGAGAUUGCAAUCCCAUAUGGCAUUACAAUCGAUUUCGAUACGCUCAAGGAACCCCACACGGUGACACUACGUGAGCGUGACACUAUGAAGCAAGUCCGAAUCGGGCUGGAUGAAGUCGCUAACACGAUCCGUGAUCUAGCUACUGGUCGCAGCAGUUGGGCGGAAGUGGAGCAAAAGUAUCCGAAGUUCGAGCAACAGGAAGCAUCUGCAAAGUAAACUCAUGCAGCGUACGAAUUGAUAAUGAAGUUUACGUAAAAGUGUACCGCUCCGGAUUUGUGCUUAACUUAAGAUUAUCCUGUUCAAUGCAUUUUCUUGUACUUGCUGCCUUUUCACUACGCAAAUGCACCGCUUGUGCAUGUGCUAAACUAUAGUUUUUAUGUUUUCAAGACAGUUACAAAAUAAAAUAACUUAUGUGAUGCUGCAA